AUGGAGCUUUAUGAGAUCUUUCAAGCCCAAUUUCCGACUCCUCCAACAUGCAAUUGCGUUCUGGAACAUGUUGUCAACAUGAAACUAGAAUUCCGAAGCGCGCAGAUAACAGCAAGAGGCCUAUAUUUUCAUGCGAUUUUUACCUUCAAUCAAGUUGGACAAAGAGCCUUGUCGCCUUCAUGCAAUUGGCGUGAGAUAGAGAUGGAACCAUUGGCAGCAAGACAGCUCUGUCAAGAGCCGCACUCCUUGAGCCAACUGGUGUUGGUUAGUGGUCAAGUGGGAUACCUCGCCGGGUCAUCUGGUAUCCAGUCAACGGAGCAGGUAGUGCAGGAGAUCUCCAAUCUUUGCUCAGUUAUCCAAAGUCCAGUUGAUUCAAAAGACUGGCUUGGGUAUCUCGCCAAUAAUCAUGGCUGUAGGCAUCGGCUUCGCAUAUUCAGCCUGAAUCCUCCACCGAAAGCCUCUCAGACCAUACAGACUAUAUGUCUCACCGAGGUUCUUGGUCACCCAGAAUUUCGCCAAGAGCACAGAUGUCGGCUUGGUUUAAAGCUAGCCUCUUCUGUGAUGCAGCUUCAUGAGACGCAAUGGUUGACAAAUCACUGGAACAAGAGUGACAUCUCAUUCACCCGCGAUUCAACUGGGCGAAUUGACUUCAACAACCCAUUGAUCAGACGGACCUUUGGAUCCAAGACUAAUACAGAGCCAUUUUUGGCAUCCCGGGUGCCACAGAUAAGAGCUGAUGGUUCCAUUCCUUGUCUAUUUUCGCUGGGAAUAGUACUUCUCGAACUAAGCUACCGGCAGACAUUCGAAAGUCUAAAGGAUCCGAAAGAGAAUCUCUUGCCUCCAGAAUAUGCAGACUUGGUAACAGGGAGAAGACUUGUGAACUCUAUCGACUGUAGUCCGAACUUUAAAAAGGUCAUGAAAAGAUGCAUAAGUGGUCUUGACCCGGCUUUUGACUCAUUGGCAGAGGAUAGCCUUAGAGAUGAAGUGGAAGAAAAAAUUGUGCAGCCACUAGAGGAGGAUUUGAAAUUCUACUGUGAUAAAGAUUUCGUGGAGGACUGCUUGGAAGGACUUUAA